CCUUUCCCAUAAUGCAUUGCCACGAUUCUAAAAGCUAAUACUUCCAUCAAAAAGCCGAGGCGCAUUCUGGGAUUUGAAGUGUUUUGAUGUUCCGCGACCUCUCUGACGUGACGGAUAUUAGAACUACAGUUCCCGAUAGGCAAAGCGUUCCCGUUAGACCCGCUGGAGCAGCGGGGUAAGAUGGCGGCCACUGGAGGGCUAGGGGGUCUCCUUUUGUUAUAAGGCUGGGAUAUUAGGAAGAAAUCCGCUAGUGCGAGUGCGGAGCAGGACCGGAGCAGCGGAUCCCAGCAGCCAGGAGCCACCGUCAGUGGGCUUGUUUCUCCAAGUUGCAGUUAUGGAAGGAAACAGUCAAGAUCCCAAACUCACUAGUCAAGAAACUGAUGAGGAGUCUAAGGAAGAGUCCAACCAGCCAUCAGAAGAUCCACCAUCGCAGAAGAGUCAAGCAGAAAGUACUACUGCUGACCAGCCCACUAGUCGUGGCACUGAGGAGGAAUCAUGUAAGGCUGAAGGCCUGUGCCCAGGAAGGAUCUUCAUUUUGAAGGCUUUGCAACAAGUUGUGGGAAGCAGCUUACAAAAUGAAACGCAGAUCGAGCUCUCUAAAAAUACAGAUUCAAAACAGAAAGGUGCAAAUCUGAUGAAGGCCUGUAGGAAAAGAAAAGUGAAGAAGAACAAUGGGAAUUCUAAAUCGCUUGGUGUGGAAGAAAAUUCUAUCACUGAAACAACGGAAAAUCUUUUGGCCAGUCUUGCAGUUGCAUUGGAUUACAUGGAAAAGACAAACACUACAAUCGCUGCAGGAUCUCAUAGCUGCCCAUGUGAGGAAGAAACCAUAGAGCUGGGAGCCAGUUAUGACACAGAAGAGGUGGAUGAACUGGAGCUUGUAGCUGAAAUUCAGAUUGGUGACCUUGCAUCUUAUUGGAAUGCUCGUUCAGGGUUCUCCAGGAGGGACAGUCAUUGGAGAAGUCAGAAGUCAGUGUGCCUAAGUACCUCAGGACUACGUGUUCAAAGUGGACAAACGGCCUCUGUCACUGCAAGAAUGGAAGGCUUGUUGGAUCCUACCAGAAGUUCUUCAGUUAUGAGACGAAAUACCCCACAGACAUUUCAUAGGAGUAAAAUACAUACAAAUCGAAACGCUCUACAGAACGUUUGCAUUGCAGACAGGACGGACUUACAUACAAAUUCACAGCUUCACACUUCUACGGAAACUCUGCUACCUGGACUUUCUUGGAUUGUUCCUGAUCCAAAUAAAUCAUUCAGAGCAUCUAGAGGGAAUAAUGGCCUUUGUUCUGGCAGGACUACCCCAAUAUAUGGCAAUACAAAAAAAGUUGAACCCAGUCCUGAUUCAUUUAUAUCUUUGGGUCUAGCUCUUGGAAAUGGAACAGGGGUAUCAAGUGGACAGCAGAGACCCGGUGGUUCAGAAAAUUCCACAUCUAAUCAGCAUUCACAGCCUCCUAACUCUCUGGAAAAGGCAGAUUCCAGCUCCUCCUCCUCCUCCUCCUCUUCCUCUUCCUCUUCUCAAAUCCCAAUUCACUCUGGCAGUGGCAGUGGUGCACAAUCUAACAUGUCCCAAGAACUUGAUAUUUAUGAUCCCUUUCAUCCCACAGAUGAGGAAAAUGUAAAUGGAGAUUAUUUAUAUGAUGACACACCUGAAAAAGAAACCGAUGAACAAGAGGAUCAAAAAUAUGAUCCCUUUGAUCCCACUGGCUCUAAUAAUACUUCUUCUGAGAGCAGCCCUUCACCCUAUGAUGAGGAAGAAGAGGAUGAAGAGGCAGGCAGUGAAUCCCAUCCUGAAGGUCGGCUCUCCGAAGCUUUGGCUGGAAUCUAUGAUGAAAAUAGUUUGAGCCAAGACUUUCCAGGUAUAGAAAAGGAGAAUGAAGUUCAGUCUUGUGAAUCAGAUAAAGUCCCAGGCAAAGAUGGGAAUGAUGAAGAUAAUGAAUACGAGAAUGAAAAACCGGACCAGAAACAUUCCAGAGAAGCUUCGGAAUCCACUGCAAAGGACAAUGCAAAAUCUGCUUUUGAGCCUUAUAGCCCAAGUUCCAGCCUAGAUUUAGAUAGAGUUGAUGAAGUAGAAGAUGUUUCGAGGGAAGAAUCAGAAGAGAAAAGCAUAAAAGAGCCACCUCUGGCAGAUUCGACUCUUAGUGAAGAAAACACUUCAGAAGCCGUAACGGAACCAAGAAGAAGGGUGUUUGCUGUGGAUGUUGGAAAUGAUUAUGCUAGAAAAGCAGAGUUUACAUCAGAAUCUGAAUCAAAGUCUAAAUUAGAGAUAAAGGUUUCGCUUGAAUCCAUUGCAAAACCUGACGUCAAGUCUUAUUUGCGGAUGGAGAAAAUUGUCAAGCUUGGAAGUGAGUCACGAAAUCGCCACAAACGAAGGCAUUCUUCUGAACGGAAAGAUCGGGGAGACGAUUCUGACAAUAAAUAUGAUUCUGAAAUUGAAGAAGGGGAAAUUGUUCAGCCAGAUGAAGAUCGCUUUAGUCCCAUGCCUUUGUUCCGUAGCCGGUGCAGGGUUUUGGACAGGCCUUUAAGGAUGGUUGAAGGCGAUGAUUUUCUUUCCCUACAUGCAGACUCUGAUGAGGAAGGAGCCCUGCAGAUUGACUUUGGAGAAAAUCAAAUAGACAACAGGUGGAAAGGGUUGGAUCUAAGGAGGAAAAUCACAAACCAGCGCAGGGAAAGGUAUCGUAAAAAAUCACAGUCUCCUGCAAAAUCCAAAAGGCGUUCUAAGUCCCCAUCUCCUUCCAGUUCUCAUAGCCGUAAAAAGGCUAAGCAUGAACGUAAGAGAUCCAGGGAAAGAAAGAGGUCCAAAGAACCCAAGGCAUCAAACGUUACAUGGUCUGGUGCAAAGAAAUUAAAGGAUAGUAAAGAUCGCAAACGCUCUCGUUCACGGUCUCACAACAAAGGUUCUCGUUCUCGUUCUAGAGAUCACAGAAGAUCAAGGUCCUGGUCACCCUCUAUCAGUACCAGCAUAUCUGCUGUUGAGUCUUCCCGUACAUCAGCUGAAAGAAGGAAGAGCCAGAGAUCAAAAUCAAAGGAGAAAAAGAGACCAUAUUCUCGCUCCAUCAGUACUGAUCGAUCUCGAAAAGAUAAACAUAAAGACAAACACCGGACUGAGGGUAAGAAAAAGAAGAAAAAGUCACGUUCAAAAUCUAGAGAUCGUGAUAGGAGGGCAUCCCAUCACUCAAACGAGAGAAGGGACAAGGAGAAGGUGAGGUCAAGGCUUCCUGUGGAUGAGCCUAAAUUAGACAAUCCACCUCUAUUAGAGAGGAGAAGAAGAGACAGUAGGUCAGUGGUACCUCCAUCAAUUCAGGACCUCAAUAAUGCUGAUCUCUUUAGCAUUAAAAGAACAAUUACUGUGAAUCCAGAAGAAAAGCUUGAUCGAGAGGACUUGCUUAAUACUCCUAGAAAAAGAGAAGUUCUUUAUGACUCCGAAGGGCUUAGCUUCGAAACCUUUUCUGACCGUGAAAACCUUGACGACCGUGAGAGCAAGAGUAACAGAAUAUUUGAAAGACCCUCUGGAAAGGCAGAAACCAUAAAGAGAAGGACGCCUAUUGACUUUGACAAGAAACGUGAUGACGAUGAUCGGGUUAGACGGCUAAACGCUUCCAAGGAUAGAGACCGAAAAAGAACAUACACAGAUGACAGUCGUGAAAGAUACAAGAAAAGAUUUAAAGAUAUUCCUGCUCCAGAGCCUGAGCCUUUUAAGAUAGACAAAGAUAAACUGCGUAUUGACAAAGAUAAACCUUCUAAAAAGCUGAAGAUUAGUCAUAAGGAAAGCAAGGGGGGAUCUGCCAGGAAAGUCAAACUGCAGUCUAAAGUCGCUGUUCUUAUCAGAGAAGGUGUAAGCAGCACCACUUCUGUUAAAGAGGCAGGCUCUAUUGGAGUUAAAUUUAGCCGUGACCGAGAAAGCCGUUCCCCAUUCCUUAAAUCUGAAGACAAGCUUCUAGAUAUAAAAACCACCCGGCCUAAGCUUGAUGCUAAAGGGCCCAAUGUAAAGCCUAAAAAAGUCAAGGGCUUAAAAACAAAGACUGGCGUCAAGAAAGUGAAAACUAUUGGAGCUGCUGGGGUUCUUGUGAAACCCAAAGGACCACCUGAAAAGAAAAAGAAAAAGCUGAAAACAAAGGCCUCCUUAAAGAAGUCAAAAGCAGACAGCUGCAGUAAAGAGAUACCCAGCCCAAUACAAGCCAAAGAGGAGCCUAUAUGGUCAGACACAGAGACUACAGAGAGCAAAGUUAAACCUCCAAGUCCUCCCAAGCCAGCCAUUGAGCAGGAGCUCACACCUGACUCUCAGACUGUUGACAGCAGCUGUAAGACUCCAGAUGUCUCUUUCAUACCAGAGGAACCCCCACCAGAGCCUGAGAGAAGCGUUGACUUGGAGGUGGAUAGUAUAUCUGAACCUAAAGACGAGGCACCAAGACCACCUCCAGCACCAAUUCCAUGGAAUCUCCAGUCAGGAGUGGACUGCACCACAAGUGGAGUUCUUGCAUUGACUGCACUGCUGUUUAAGAUGGAAGAAGCCAAUCUGGCAAGCAGGGCCAAGGCACAGGAACUGAUUCAAGCCACUAAUCAGAUCCUCAGCCAGAGUAAACCUUCUACCUCCCUGGUCUCCCCACCUCCACCAUCUAUGAUAACAACCCUUGGUCACUCAGCUCCCUCCUACCCCCUGUACUCCACUUUGCCUCUCAGUGGCAACUCAAGUCCCCCUACUCCAACUGGCGUAUCGAACAUUACCAGCCAGAGCAUCUCUGGAUCCACUUCAAGUUCCUUCUUCAACACUUUGUCCAGUGCAGAUCUGGGGAAGAGAGAAGGCAGCACAAGUUCAGAGGGAAGAGGUGACACAGACAAGUACCUGAAGAAGUUGCACACGCAAGAGCGAGCAGUGGAAGAGGUGAAGCUGGCCAUUAAACCUUACUAUCAGAAAAAAGAAAUCACCAAGGAAGAUUACAAGGACAUACUGCGCAAGGCUGUACAUAAGAUUUGCCACAGCAGGAGCGGCGAAAUAAACCCUGUCAAAGUGAACAACUUGGUGAAGGCUUACGUCCAGCGCUACAAAUACUUCCGGAAACACGGCAAAAAGAUGGAGGACGACGAAAGCAGCAGUUACCGCAGCGGCAAGGAGACCGGGGCCAUGGACAAGGCACUGCCCUCGUUACCUUUAAUUUGAGGAGACGGAGGACGAGCGACGCUGCUCUGUUCACAUAAUCUAUCACUUUAAAUAAAAAGAAGAAGAAUUUUAAUCGCUAGUAUAAAAAGAGACGAAAAAAAAAACACAAGAAAAAAGCUUUUAUGCAGAUAUUUGUCGGACUGUAGAAAUAACUAUCAUUAGAGACAAAAUUCUAUGUAAGUGACUCCUAACAGAUCUCCCUUCCUUCGGAUGGCGGCACAAUACAGCUGGCAACUGGGAAAAAAACGUGGGAAGGGUUGCACCGGAAGGUUGUUUGUUUUUAAAUAGUCUGUUUCUUGUAAAUACAUCUGCGCUUCCCCUGACUGCUGCCCGCUGCUCCGUUAUCAUUUUUCAAAUUAUGGAUUUCAUUUCUCUCACCUUUUCCCUCUUUUUUUUUUUUUUCUGCCCCUAUUAUUAUUAAUAAUAUAUAUUUUUUAUUUUCGUUUUGCAUGAUUUGACUUGUCAUUACUGUUCCAUCCCCAGGGUAGCGGCUUCUUGUUACAAUCUGUCGCUGACUUCAUACUGUUAGCUGUAUUAAACUGCCAUCCUGUAA